UGUGAGGGUGCAGCGGUGCGGCAGCGGCCGGGCUCGGCGACCUGUGCCUGGCUCUACCCGGAACCAUUAUGCAGACAGGAAACUACCAUUUUAACGCUAGCAGCCUCAGCAGCAGCGGAGCAGCCGUCGUCCACAGACGGGGGGACACUAAAAAUUGACACGGGGCGGAAAACACUCAGCCGAUGAAAAGGAAGGAAAAAAUACGACGGAAACAAAAGGAGAGGGCCGUUUCGGUGAAAAGGAGGAGUGCGCCGCUUGACCGAUAGGGCUUUUGCCUCAGACAAUGGACAUAUCGGGCCGAGGCAGCGGAAAUAGUUUUUGUUAGCGAGUCGAAAACAGCCCUCCCGGGCCGAUGGAGAGGCAGGCCUUUCAAAGUAUUUUUCCAUGGAUGAAGAAAAAGGCCCCGCUGACAUGCAGUAGGGACCCCAUUCUCACAGCACACUCCCCGCUCGUUGUUUUUACAUUUUUACCCCCAUGUUUUUAAUUUUUUCCCCGACCCAGCCUUCGUGUGCUACCAGAUUUCGACCUGAAGAAACCAGUUGUUGACGGAGAAAGCAGACCGUGGCCCCUUUUUUUUCCACACAACACAAGAGAAGAGAAGCAGCGAGUGAAAACUACAAACUGGGGCUAAAGUUGAUUCUGCCAAGAAUUGCAAAACGGGACAGAAAAAGAAGUGAAGCUAUGGUGCAUCUUCCGUCAAAAUAACUGAAGCACUCAACUCUAUAUGACCUCUGGAGCUGACCAAACUAACCCUAAAAAAACACCAUCAACACACUUGCAGUUUUGGAACCAGAAAUCCCUCUUUCUAAGAAACACUACAAACUUUUUUGCAUCUAAUUAUUUAGUAUAUUUCCUAUUUAUAACACAUUUUAUAACACGUCCCAGAAGCACUUGAGAGCUUCACUCUUUUCACUGAGUUGAAGUAUUAGAGAUUUAUUGGGGUUCAUGUGAGGAAAAUCUGAUAGUGGAUGGUUGGGGGUAUUGGGCAGGAAAAUUUCCUUAAGUCCAAUCCUAAAAUAGUGCAACUUUAGGGGUUUUGUUGUUGUUUUCAACAACAAGAAAAAUAAAUCAGGGCGUAACAGUGGCGCCGGGACACCUUCCCAUACUUAUUGUGGGAAAUGUUCCAGUUCAGCAAGUACCCCAUGGACAUUUUAGAAAUGCUAAGUGGACACCAAGCCCAUCAGUUCAAAGGCCUUGGAUUAGAACGACAACUGAGCCACCAACAGCAAGUCCAGCUACAGCAUCAACAGCAGCUCCAGCAGCAGCAUCAGCCCACUGCUGACACCUCUGGGAGUCUCCUGUCUGGACUUGGACUCGGGUCCCUUCAGGGGUCUCGAAGCAACGCCUUUGCUGAUUCGUCGUCCAUCUUCGCCAAAAUGAGUGCCCCUCCCCCACCCAUCUCCCACCAAAGCCAGUCAUCCUCUUCGUCUCACAGCUCCAGGAAGUCCAGUAAGAUCAGCAGCAGCAGUAGCAGCGGGAGUGGGAGCUCCUCCUCGGGGUACCCCCAGUUUUUACGCCCGUUUCACCCAGCGGAGGCGGCGCUGGCACAGGAGCAGCUCCAUUCUGGGAUGGGACGUUUUGACUUUGGUGGGACCAGCAGCGGGAGCAGCGCAGGAGUCAUUGGAGGUGUCGUUGCCUCCGCUCCUCCACCUCCCCCACUGCACCCCGGCCUCUCUGUCCCCCAGCCCUCCCCGGGUCCCUCCUCUUCGUCCCCUUCUCCCUCCACCUCUGCCUCUGCCUCCAAUAACCCCUCAGGCAGUACAGCCGUACCCCUAGUCGGUCAGUCAGAUCCUCGCAGCUUGCACCAGCAGUUCAGCUGCAUGCUUGCUGCCAACCAGUACUUCCUGUCCGGCGUCCCAACCAACAGCAGCCUAGAGCAGUUCCUAGUCCAGCAGGGAACUCACAACCACUUGGGCCUGGGCCUGGGCCAAGGGGCCACAGAGUCAAACUCGGCGCUCGCCCCUCCCCCAGCCCUCCACUCCUCUCACAGCCACAGCCACACAGCUCCACAGCCACAGCAGCAACAGCAGCAGCUGGCCCCUCAUGCCUUAUCUCAUCCACACAGCCAUACUCACCACCCCCACCCUUUACACCCGGCCCCCCAGCCUGCCCCACUGGGCGGCUUUGAUUUCCAAGGCAUUCCGGUCCUCUCUUCCAACCAGAUAGCGUCUUUAAUGCAGCAAGAGGCCGGUCUCCCCCUCCCUCUGCCCCUCCAUCUCUCUCUCUCCAAAGACGAGGCAUCAAAGACGGGGGACAGCUCCUCUGCCUCAGUUUCAAGUGGAGGGAGCAGGAGAAAGAAAGCGAUGGCUGGCUACCUCCCCCAGAGGAAAUCGGAUGGUGGUAGCCACAGUCACAGCAGCCACAGUAGUCACAGUCAUAGCCAUAGCAGCAGCAGCGUUAGUAACUGCCAUAACAGCAGCUCGAGUGGGCACAGUCAGAGCUCAUCGUCAGGCCUUGUGGGAGGGGGAUCUGGGGGUGUUGGGAUAAGCGGCAUCGGAAGCGAGCCACAGCAUUCCUCUCUCCUCUCGUCAUCCUCCCAGCAACAGUCGUCCUCCACUGUCUCCUCCUCCUCUUCAUCUGCCCCUCCUUCCUCUAACUCCACCUCAGUGCUUGUAGCCAAUGGUAACCAACAACUGCCCAAACCCCAAGAGAGCCACAAUGCUUUGGGGUCCUCUGGUUCGUCCAGCCAGCCUGAACCAGAACCCCUUUACCAUUGUGGUGAAUGUGGCAAAACAUUCACCCACCUCUCCAGCCUUCGUCGCCACCUUCGCAGUCAUGGCUUAACACCUGAAAGCCAGAGCAGGAAGUCGAACCGUAACUCCCCCAGCCCUGAAAGGAUAUUCUGCUGCGGCGAGUGUGGAAAGGGAUUCAAAAAGAGGGGUCACCUGCUUCAGCACAGCGUCACCCACUCCCAAAAUCGGCCUUUUGUUUGCAGCAUCUGCCAAAAGUCUUUCAACCGUCGUGAGUCACUAACAAGGCAUGAAAAGAUUCAUGAUGAGAAGCCGUUCCGCUGCCCGGCAUGUGGGCGUUGCUUCCGUGAAAGUACCUCUCUUCUCAACCACGCUGCCUCAGGCACCUGCGGCAAACCUCCCCGCAGCUCAAAGAACCGGACCAGCACUGGAGGGAGUGGAACAUCCAACCCGAGCAGCAACAGCAAAAUGGGAAGCAGUGCAGAUGGGCCGGGUAUGGCUAAUGACAAGUAUGCUACAGAUUAUUCCAGAAACCGUUACCAGAGCCAGUCGUCCUAUAGCAGCGGGGUAGACGACUACAGGCGAUCGCAGUCUUCGUCUCUGUAUUCCUCAGAAAGUUCCCUGGGCAACGGCAUGGGCUCCCAGACCCUCCGGAAAGCUCCUUUAGCCCCAACUCUCCAUCCUCACCCCCAGAAUCAGCAACAGCAACAGCAUCACCAUCACCAACCACCACAACAGCAGCCCCACCUCCCCCUCUCCUCCCUGUUGGAUGAUUCAGAGGACGAGGUCACCAGCAGUGCCAUGUCUGCCAUCGCCGCCGCAGCUGCGGCUUCUUGUGAUAUCAACACAGAGAGCCGAGAAGGAGAAAGGAGGGAUAUCAUAGGAGGCCUCUUGGGAGGGCUAGGCUUCGGGAACAUGGGCGGGCCGUCAUCCACAUCUGGCAGCCUUAGCGGCUCCACCAUUCCUCUCACCCACCCCACCCAGCCCCACACUAAGCCCAAGAGGCCGAGGAAACCCAGGGAGAAGAGGGACCCAGGGACCAUAGUCAGGCGGAGGAGGAGCCCAGCACCUCCAGGGGAUGGGUCAGAGAGGCCGUAUGGAUGCCAGAUUUGUGGCAAGCGCUUCAGGAGGGCAGAGACCCUGCGUCGCCACAACCGUGUCCACACAGGUGAGAAGCCUCAUGCCUGUGAUGUAUGUGGGAAAAUGUUCCGCGAGCCCUUCCACCUCACCAAGCAUCUGACCGUACACUCGGGACAGAAGAAUUACAAGUGCAAUCUGUGUGGGAAGGUGUUCGCCUAUGCUCAGAGCCUGGUGAGACAUGGGAAGUUGCACAGAAAAGGGGAAAUUGACAAUGAGGGGAGGAGAAUCAAAGGUGCUGCCGCGGCCAUCAGUCAGGUGGCCAAUUCGGGAAACUCUGACUACUACUCCUACUCCCAGGGAGAGAAGUCUCCAACAUCUGGCACCCCCUCCCAGAGGCUUUACACCUGUACAGUGUGUUGGAAAUCAUUCCGCCACCACUUUCACCUGACGGCACAUCAACAAACCGUCCAUGGCGGGGGAGUAGGACUAGAGAAGUCCUUUCGUUGCGAAGUAUGCGGCAAAGCCUUCGCCUACUCCAACAGCUUAGUCCGGCACAAGCUUUCUCAGCAUGGCAUCGACCGCAGCGGCCAGCGUGUCACUCAGCCCCAGCCAUCCGGAUACCCUCCCCUUUUUUAUGAUUCCGGAUCAAGUACCAGCUACGCUGGGGCGCCUCACAUGCCGCAAGUGGCCUCUGGACAGCAGCACCCUUUUCACUACCGAUCAAAAAACUACCAGAAACGGCAUGGACAGACAAAAAAGCAACGGAAAAAAAAAAGGCGGGUGGUAAUUCACAGCAUCAUGAGAGACGGGAAGCUGGUGGGCGUCCCACUGAGUAAAGCUACCCGCAGGAAGCUGCUUCUCCUGAGAAAAAAAAGAGGCAAACUGCAGGCCCAGCUUAACAGAAAAAAACUCCUGGCCCAGCUGAGGAUCAGAGGCGGUGUAAUGAAAGUGAAAUCCUGGUGUGGAGGUGCUGUCAGAGUGACCGGGCUCACCUCCAUGGAAGUCCCCGUUAAGCGCUUUCCCUGCCCAAUCUGCCCCAGUACCACAUACGCCAUGCAGGCCUCUCUGCUGAUACACCAUGCCAUAAGGCAUCCACCAAGAAACUCAGGCCGCCACGCCCGUCUGAAGUGCCAGGUGUGUGGAAGACGCACCAGCUCAUUACACAAAGCACUCAAACACAGGGGCCACCAUCUAAAGCAAGCUGCGUUCCAAUGCCUCAAAUGCCGACAUCAGUUCUGGAACCCCAAACUUCUGGCCCGCCACAAAUACUCCUGCCGGGGACUGUCCGGAGGAGGGAGUGGUAACUGGGGACUGAUGAAGAUGAAAUCGCCGUCAUCUCAAGACAGCAGCGGGCACCAGACUGACGGUGAAGGCCAGGUCAACUCACCGGUCCAGGUGUCGGUUCCAGUUCUGGUCCAGCCUGAGAGAUCAACGGUUCUGACUGAGUACAGCCAGUAAAAUUGUUUUCUAGACUAGAUUGUUUUGACUGUUUGUUUUUCUUUUUUUUUAAUAAUACAAGAAACAAGCAAGAGUUAGCACGUUUUUAACAAAAAGAGCAGGGAGAAGGGGAGGUUUUAGUAUAACUACCUUAAUAUCCCCACAAAACUCCCUGGAGAAGUCUGUAUACAAUCCUAACUUACUACAGCAGAGGUGGUUGACAAAUUAGCUUGGACUUCUAAAGGCCCAUAACCUGAAGCACCCAUCCAUCUCUGUGUCCUCUUCCCCAAAGGGGAAGGACCUCUAAGACCACGUGACUAUUAAGAGUAGCACCUGUCUCUGGAAAAAAAAAAAAAAUGCAUUCAUUCAAUUUCCUUUGCUCCAUUGUUUUGUUUUUCAUGGGCAGUGUUUGCUCAAAUUUUGGAUGCAUAUUGUAGGAGUGAGUGCUUUUUUUAUUUUUUAUUUUUUACCAAUUAUGUUUUCACAUUAUUCACAGUUAAACAAUAUAGUCCGUCUGUUGUUCUGUAUAUGUGUUUCUUUGUUACCCCAGUGGAGACAUUUUCUCUCCCUUUUUAUAUAAAGAUGACGUCUGGCCUGAAGAUGAAUUGUCUGUUUAGAGAAAAAAAAAAAAAUCCUGACCUGACAGUCUAAGAACCUGUCUCAACUGAUGAUGUUAAUAGCUGACAUUAUUUUUUUAGUUGAAAGUUGACUUCUAGUGAAUCUAUUAACUCUAUCACUUUUACAACAAAAAAGUGUCUUCUCUCAAAAGUGGCGAACCUGGUUGACGUGCUAAACUAAGAAAAAAAAAAAAAAGAAGGGGUUAUGACUGAACUGAAGUGUUGGUGACCUUGUUUUAAUGUACACUACUUUUGUCAUUUUUAAAGUGGCGUGGGAAAACAUACUGCGACUCAGAAACUGUUAUGUGUUCAGGAUUGGAAAAGGACAAUGGGAACCACGGGAGUGUACUGUACAAUUCGUAUUAUAUUUUAUUAUAUAUUGAUUAUUUGCUGUUUUUUACUCCAAGUAUCAUUUCUUUUAUCAAUGUUGCUAUUGUAUGGGUGGGUGGGAACGAGUUGGGGACUAUCUUUGUAAAACGGCGGGAUGAAUAUAUGUAUCGAUGUGAUAUUUUUUUCCCCUCCCUCUCCCCCUUUUACCCACUCCCUCAUGCCACAGUUAUGCCCAAUUUUUGUAACAAAAGCGUGUACACAUAGCUCAUUACUUAGGUCCUGUUCAGCAGUGUUUUUUCCUUUUUCUGUAAAACAAAAACAUGUAAUAUUAUUACUAAAUUACUAUCCUUUUCUUUGCCUAAAAGUGAGUUGUUGAAAACCAUCAAAUCAAAUAAAAAAAAAAAAAUCUAAAACGUUAA